GCGGCGGUGGCGGUGGCGGCCGCGUCCCGGCGGCAGUCGUGCUACCUGUGUGACCUGCCUCGCAUGCCCUGGGCCAUGAUCUGGGACUUCACGGAGCCCGUAUGUCGCGGCUGCGUCAACUACGAGGGCGCCGAUCGAGUCGAGUUUGUCAUCGAAACGGCGCGCCAGCUGAAGCGGGCGCACGGCUGCUUCCCGGAGGGCCGCUCUCCGCCUGGCGCCACGGGCCCCGCCGCCAAGCCGCCGCCGCUCUCCGCCAAGGACCUGCUCCUGCAGCCGCAACCACUCGGCCACGGCGCCCCUGAGGCGGCCGCGCGUGCCCCGCAGGCGCUGGAGCGCUACCCGCUGGCGGCCUCGGAGCGCGCCCCGCUCCUAGCCGCCGACUUCGGCGGGAGCCGCCCCGCCGCGGGCCUGGCCCAGCCGCCCGCGCAGCCGCCGCCGGUCAACGGCAUCCUGGUGCCCAAUGGCUUCUCCAAGCUGGAGGAGCCACCCGAGCUGAACCGGCAGAGCCCCAACCCGCGACGAGCGCACACCAUGCCACCCACUCUGGUGCCGCUGGUCAAUGGCUCGGCCGCGCCACUGCCCGCCGCGCUGGGCCUCGGGAGCCGCGCCGCCGCCUCGCUGGCCGCCGUCAACCGGCCCAAGACGGUGCGCGACACGCUACUGGCCCUGCACCAGCACGGCCACUCCGGGUCCUUCGAGAGCAAGUUUAAGAAGGAGCCAGCCCUGACUGCAGGCAGGUUGUUGGGGUUCGAGGCCAACGGGUCUAAAGCAGUUGCAAGAACAGCAAGGAAGAGGAAGCCUUCUCCCGAACCAGAAGGUGAAGUGGGGCCCCCCAAGAUCAAUGGCGAGGCCCAGCCAUGGCUGUCCACAUCAGCAGAAGGGCUCAAGAUACCCAUGACUCCCACAUCCGCGUUUGUGUCUCCGCCCCCGCCCACUGCCUCACCUCAUUCCAACCGGACCACACCGCCAGAAGCGGCCCAGAACGGCCAGUCCCCCAUGGCGGCCCUCAUCCUGGUGGCAGACAAUGCAGGGGGCAGCCACACCUCGAAAGAUGCCAACCAGGUUCACUCCACCACCCGGAGGAAUAGCAGCAGCCCACCCUCCCCAUCCUCCAUGAACCAAAGAAGGCUGGGUGCUAGAGAGGUGGGCGGCCAGGGCGCUGGCAGCACCGGGGGACUGGAGCCUGUGCACCCCGCCAGCCUUCCGGACUCGUCUCUGGCGGCCAGCGCCCCUCUUUGCUGCACCCUGUGCCACGAGCGCCUGGAAGACACCCACUUUGUGCAGUGCCCCUCCGUCCCUUCACACAAAUUCUGCUUCCCUUGCUCCAGACAGAGCAUCAAACAGCAGGGGGCCAGUGGGGAGGUCUACUGUCCUAGUGGAGAGAAGUGCCCUCUGGUGGGGUCCAACGUGCCCUGGGCUUUCAUGCAGGGGGAGAUAGCCACCAUCCUGGCAGGAGACGUCAAAGUGAAGAAGGAGAGAGAAUCGUGA